UCUCAAAUAGUCUCCUUUGAUCAAAUAUUUAAAGUGGGGAUAGUAACUUCUAUCAUGGAAUGAAGACUAAAUGCCAUAAAUAACUUUUUUUGGCAUAGAGAAAAAAUAAGAAUAUUGGUUUUCCCAUCGAAAAUCUACUUACUGUAGAUAUCAAUGUGACCCUUAUAAUGAUAAUAUUGAGGAAACUCUUUGGGGGUAAUUAUAUAAAGUAAAAAAAUUUACCAAUAGGUGUCUAUUUUUGCUACAUUAAAAUUCACUUUAUGUUAAAACCAGAGGCUUCGUCGUUGAGCUAGAACCAAUUCUUAAUUAUCUAGAUUUCUUGGUUACCCACUUUGAAAAUAGUUUCAAAAUAGUGAAAGGUAACAUGUCAUUAUUCACAUCCAGUGAAAUUCCAAAGGCUGAUCAACACAAGUUCUUUGGAAUGAUGUUUUUGGUGCAUGAACUCCUUCCAGUUUCUGGAACUAAAGAAACAAAUACCAUUAAUUUAGUAAAGUACCCAUUUCCUUUGGCUAAAACUUAUCUGUGUUAGAAAAAUAAUCAGUGACAGCUUCCUUGCCUUUUCCCUUAUAGUUUCUCUUCAGUUUGAGAAUGCUGUACAGUUCUGUUAACACUUUUCCAGCUCUGUGCCUGCAUUGGUAAAAUCAAUCAACUCAUUAAUCCCCGCCCCCUCCAGUUUCCUUUCCCCCAGCUGAACACAAAAAAAGAAUACUCAACAACCCAAGAAACCUUUACAGGUGGAAAAGAGCUUUGGAGAAUUUUCUUGAUCUCAACACAUUAACCCAAUUAACAGGGGAGUCAGGAGAUAAAGAUAGAUUCUCUUACACAUUAAUUCCCCAGUUAAGAGGGGAAAGGCGCAGAGGAGAUGCUAGAAACCUUAAGUAAGGUAGCAACUGAAAAGAAGUGAAACAAGUUUUUUCUCUGUCUUAAAAAAUAUUUUCCAAGAGCUUCCCAAUCACUUACUUCACAGCAAUCUUAUAAAGAAUUUUUAUUGUUGCUAUAUAUGGCUCAAAUGAGUAGACACCAAAAAUUAAUUGCUUAAUAAUAACAUCACACAUCUGUAAAGGGCUUUGCAGCAUGCAAAACACGUUCACCUACCUCAUUUCAUUUGAUCCAUGUAACAGCUGUAUUAAGGAGGAAGGGUGGUAUUAUUGGCCUCAUUUUAAAGAUUGCUAUUUAUGCAAGGUCAGGAGACAGAGAGUUCUUAGCAAGGCCAGCACAAAGAUCCCCACUCUUCCCUUGCUUUCUUAAACCCCAGCCUCAGCAUUCUGUUUUCCUAUAGAAUACUAUUAAUCUGGUAACUGCAAUAGGACCAGGAUGGUAAAAGGAACAUGUAUCUGGAGUAGAACAGAAAAAUUAUUAUGCCUGUGCUCCUUUGGGACUCUUUGGAAAUUGUACAGUGACAUCUUCUGGGAUUUAGUCUGGAGUGUGCAGAUUGGUGCCUAAAAUGGAAGUAGAUAUAAAUGGGGAGUCCAGAAGUACCCUGACCACCCUACCCUUGCCUGUGGCUGAGGUGAGCUCCCCAGGAAAAGCAGAGGCGGAGAAGCCUCGCUGCUCCAGCACACCCUGCUCACCCAUGAGGCGAACUGUGUCAGGCUACCAGAUCCUCCACAUGGACUCUAACUAUUUGGUUGGCUUCACAACUGGCGAGGAACUCCUGAAGUUGGCCCAGAAGUGCACUGGAGGUGAAGAGAGCAAGGGAGAAGGCUUGCCUUCCUUUCGCUCCAAACAGCUGGAUGCAGGACUUGCACGUUCCUCUCGUUUGUAUAAAACCAGAAGUAGGUACUACCAGCCAUAUGAGAUUCCAGCUGUCAAUGGCAGGAGGCGAAGGCGGAUGCCCAGCUCAGGAGACAAGUGCACUAAAUCCUUACCUUACGAACCUUAUAAGGCCCUCCAUGGGCCCCUGCCUCUUUGUCUUCUUAAAGGUAAGAGGGCUCACUCCAAAUCUCUGGACUACCUCAAUCUAGACAAAAUGAACAUCAAGGAGCCAGCUGACACGGAAGUGCUACAGUACCAGCUUCAACACCUAACCCUCCGUGGGGACCGAGUGUUUGCUAGGAAUAAUACAUGAAUGACUCUCACAGUUUAAGUCACUUUAGGUCAGCCUGCACUUGGCUAGAGAAAAUCCACUGUUGUACUCUGUACAUGACUCUUCACAUUAUAGAUGGUUAUAUCAGCUAAGUGUCCCUGGAAUAUAAAAAUUGUUUGGAUCAAAUUUUGAAUACAGGAAUGAAAUCACAGGUACAUGGGGGGAGGGUAUCAUGCUAGAGCACGCAACUGCAAAGAAAACAGAAUGUUGACCGUUAGUUUGUAUAGCUCUUUAGCUAGGAAAAAACAGACAAACAAACAAACAAAAAAAGGCUUUGGGACAGUAAUUUCAUCUUUAUGAUUCUGACACUCAAAUUGGGAAUGUUAUCUGCUUGGUUGUUGCUGACUUGGUAUGAUUCAUUAGAAAUUUAUAUCUUAAGUACACAAGUACUUCUUGAAACUCUGUAUUUUACUAUAAAAUGUAUGUAAUGAUUUGUUUUAUGAAAUUUAGAACUUGAACAUUGCUGAAUUGGACCACUUUUUAUUUUUAAAUAUUGAGUUUAAAUAUUUUAUAACUGGUUUUGCACUGAAAAAAAAUUAACAUUUCAGAUUAAGAGAAUAAUCUUUCUUCACUUGUCUCAAUAAUAUUAUUGAGCAAUGAAUUUUUUAUUUCCGCAUGGAAAGUUAUUGAUCUCUAUGGCUGUAAAAUAUUUCUUUAUAGCGUUAUUAAAGUGUGUCUUAAUAAAAUUAAAUUUGGGAUACAAAGUAUUUAUUUUACAAUGGGCGGGGGGGGGGGGAAGCUUUUCCAGAAAGUUUCCAGUAUGAAGUUUUCAUAAGUUGAAAAAGUUUCCUUAGUGCUUAUUUUCUAAUUUAAAAUUCACUUGGAACUUUACAAUGGAAAGGAUUCUUUUAAUUGUGGGUUAUAGGCAUAAGACUGUUUGCAUCUGAAUUUUCUGUAAGUGAAUGGGACUUUAAUAGAAGAUCUCAUGAUUUCUACUAUUGAAUGCUUAAACUAAGUAUGAACUUAAUUCAGCAUGGCAUUGGGUCAUUCCAGUUUUAGUUCUGUGCAACACAGCACUCAUUGAAAUUCCAGUUUCUAGGAUUAGUGUAGGAGACUAAAGUGCUUCUGUAAUUUUAAUGGGUUAAUCCUGGAUUACUUAACAAUUUAUGUCAAUUGCACUGGUUCAAUUUGUUGCUAAAGAAAUAAUGCCCUGGCUUUAGUAACAAAUACAGCUCAACUAUUCUUGAAUAUAUUUUGGAAAAAAUGUAUGUAACUUACCUUUUGUAAACAUUUCUCUUUCUUUUUUUUUUUCCUUUCACUCUUUUGUUCUUUUUUUUUCUUUUUUGACUCUUGAAGGUGCAAUUUAUUACUAAUCUGGCAUCUCUGGCAACAUAAAACCGCAUAUUUUUGUUUUACUGUGGGGAGUGUGAGGUUUCUCGGGUGUUAGCAAUCUUGCUUAUAAAAAUAAGAACACCUUUUAAUUAAUGAGUGGGUCAUUCCUGGCACAAUUGUGAUUUUUCCUUUAGCCAGAAAGAAUGGCAAACUUUAUUUAGAGCAAAGUAAGUAUUAGGAAACCCUAGGAACUCUUAAUCAAUGUUUAUUGUACUUUUACUAAGGCAAACCAUGUGGAAGAGCCUUGGGAGGUUGGCGCAUAUCUUACUGAGUUGAUCAGAUUUCUUGGUGGGCUGGAAAUUUUCAGCUAUUGUAUAUUUUAAAGUAAAUUGCACCUUUGUAACAUAUUGUAUUGAUGAAUGAUCACUAAGAUUAACUAUAUCUAUACAGUCAAUAGUUUGACAAGAAAUAGAAUCCUGUCAGAUGCCAAAGAGUUGGGAUUUUUACGUUUAAUGAUUAAACACCAUUAUUUAUUGAUGACUUACCCUGUGGAACUGUAUUAUUUCUAACUAUGAAAUAAAAGGGUGAUGUAAACACAUACUGUUAUGUGGUGCUUUAAAAUAGAUCCACCAUCAACAGGCUAGUUAUUGCUUAAGAAUUUUACCUAAGCAUGUACUUUAAGACCCUAACUUUGUGAAACAAAAACCUGAAACAUUUACUUUUGAUGUUCAUUGGCACUUCAAGACAAGACAAAUUAUUCCUGGCAAUGAUAUGUAUUCCAUUUACUAGGGAACCAAACUAUUUUCUUGUGUGAUUCAUUCCUGUCUAGGUGCCUAAAUUUCUUGAGUUAAAUAAAAAUAUAGAGCUUU